AUGGCGCCUCCAAUCACGACAGAAGACUACUACAGGGUGCUCGAAGUGAGCCAGACCGCUACAACUGAACUGAUCAGGAAAUCGUAUUUACGACUAGCGCUCAAGCAUCAUCCGGACCGCAAUGGUUCGAAAGAGGGCUUCCAAUUGGUAUUCCAGGCCUAUGAGACCCUGAACGAUGAGAACAGGCGCCGACAAUAUGACCUCCUCUAUCCCUCCAUCAAUGCAAAUCGUUCGAGCGCACAGAGUGCCUCUGACGAGGCCGCUCAAAUUGUCGCACUUCGAAAAUUGAAUGAAGAACGUAUUACACGAUGGAGGCUCACGCGGAGCAUUUUAGACUCUGCAAUCUUUGAGUUGCAGCGAAGCAUUAGAAGACAACAGAAUGUUGUCGACGUCCUUGCAGGUAUCAUUUCAAAGGCGGAAGCUGCUGAAGAUGCGCAGAAGAAGAACUGGGGAAUAUGGUUUUUUAAUCAAGUUUUCAAGACGGCUGUUGCGAGAAAGUAUGAAAUAGCACGCAAAGACAGGCAGAGACAAGAGCGAAGAAUUGAAAAAGAUUUCAAGGAGCGAAAAAUAGAAACGCUAAAAGCACAAUUGCAGGAAAAGGAGAAGAUGUUGCAGCAAAGCGAGAAAGAAAAUAGUGCCGCGGAUGCGCGUCACGACCUGGCAUUACGAGCUGCAGAGGCCAGAAUCCGGCAGAGGAGAGCUGGGGAACAACAGCAGCAGAAUAGCAAAGCAGCUGAGACGGAGAGAAUGGAAAAGGCUCGAAGAGAGGAACAAGCGCGGCAGCAGGAGAAGCGAGCGCGAGAAGCAACAGAAACAUGGAGACAACAGCAAUCCCGCGCACCAACAGCCUCAACAGCGCCCAACGAUCCCCCCAACAGACAAGCCGAGCAAACCCCUGCCUACGACUGGUUCAGAAGUACUAGGCCUACUUUUACCCACUCCCCCCAUCAGACUCCCCCAUCGAUUUGCACCCACGGUGGCUGGUGGGACAAAGUGCAAGGCCGAACGACUUGCACCGAGUGCGACGAAGUGUGGACAUAUCUGCUGAUGUGCCCCGGGUGUGGCAAACAAGCAUGUCCGAAGUGUCAACGGGAUUUCCGACCCCAGUUUCCUGAUAGAGCUGCAACAACAAGAGGCGGUCGAAAAGGAAAAAAAGGUCGGAACGGAUGA